CACCCAACACAGGCAAGUAGUCAUACUACUCCAGGACUCUUGUUCCUAGCUCUUCCCUUACUACCGCUCCAAGCAUAACAUAUAGACUUCGUCUACUCCUUGUCAGUAUUGCGCUAUCGAUAGAGCCUAUUUUCCACCCUUUCAUCGCUUUCGAAAUUGCGUCGCUCCUCCAAACGUCUCAAGGCAUUCUCGCACCCUCUUAAAUCAUCUUGAGCCUCAAAAGUCCUGACGGCGCGAUAGAUCUUCAGUACGGAACGACGGAAACCCAUCCAUGAUCAUAGCUCUACCGCUUGACACCAUGGCUGACCGUCAGACUAGUUGGAUGGGAGAGUACGAGGAACGAACAUCGAACGAACGUCAGUCUCAGCAACCCAACAACCAGGCCCGUUCAACACAACACGAUGUAAACAACUCGUCCUCCUUGGGAAGUCUCGUGAAUAUGAACUCCCCAUCGAUAAGUCGCUACGGGCCCCAAGGUGUUUUGUACCACCCGCACACGAGACGGACGCAGUACCAGGCUCUACCUGAGGGUGCUCAAUCGCGAACGCCAGCUCCUAGUCAGGAAGGCUUCGAUCCAGAACACUAUUGGAGGAUGGGCGGGCUGCACUUUCCGGUCUUCGGCGAGAACUCAAGCGAUCAAUCUACCCGGCCUCAUCCCCAAACGAUCUGGCCAGGGUCGUCCUACGACACGAACGGUACGGGAAACCCAGCGGGUUUUGGUGAGGAGCCUCGACCUAUACCUGGAGAUCGAUACAAUCGGUUCACCUCGCCAGCUGCCACGGAAGGCCACCCAGCCUACUUACAGCAACAGGUUGCCGAUGUAGAUCAGAAUUCUGGGAUAGCUAGUGGCACCUCAGUAUACACCUUCAACACCUCCCCCUUUGAUAUAAACCAGAUAGAUCCAGCUGACCCUGGAUGUCUGGCUUCAGAGGUGAACACUGUGGGCAACAAGAACUCUGAGCCGUGGUCGUUCUUUGAACCAAACAACGGAUGUCCAAUUCCAUGGCAAUGCGACGAUAGCGAGUCGAUUAUUCAACAAGACAUGUCGGAUACAACGCCUUCGAUGGGUACUCAUGAUAACACGGCAUCGAACCAUGUUCCAAAUCAAGAUCUGUCAACGCAAAUGUCGACUGUGGACCUGGGCCAGCCUGACAUGAUGACCAGCAUGACCUUUACCGAGCACCCUCAUCAACCGUCGACUUCCUUCCAAUCCGUGUCCAACGACACGUUCCGUCCUUUCUUGUGGCGCAUCGAGAGGUCGGCAACUCCCCAGACGACUCCGCUUGAUGUUGAUACACGAGAAGACAACACCUACACUCUGUAAGCCCAGUCCACUCUGGAGAGUCGAAGUCUCAUUAAUUCAAUAGGAAUCCUGGAGGUGAAAACAGCCAUCUCGCCCCACAAACACCAACAGCGUCUGAACCACCCUCUACCCCUACCGAUGCUUCCUCACCUGCAGCGCCAGAACAACUGUGUUGCAACGAGUCGAGUUGCAACACUAUGUUUACUGGCCUUUACCGAAAAGGAAACCUAGCCAGACACAAGCGACAGUACCACAAAGGCCCAGUGGUAUAUAUUUGUGAGAGUCCCUUGUGCGACAAGGUGUUUCGGCGGAAGGACGCUCGCUUGAAGCACUAUCGAAAUUACCACCCGCAUCUUGCUUCCAAAACCCCAUAUGUACCCCGAGGUCCU